CUUCACUUGUACGCGUUUCAGUCUGUCCUAGGUUGUGGAGACAAUCAGUAGUCCUCGAUUAUCUAAUUAAUCCUUUUAAAGAAAAUUUCUAUCCUUUAUAUGAUGGGUCUCUUUAAUGCCAAAUGUGCAUCGACGGCUAGAUUAGACGGGAAAACCGCCGUUAUAACUGGAUGUAACACAGGAAUUGGUAAAAUAACAGCAAGGGACCUAUACCAAAGAGGUGCGAAAGUGAUCAUGGCUUGCAGAAACUUGGAGAAGGCUAAGGAGGCAAUGGAGGAGAUCAAACAGGAAUGCAAAGGACAAGAAAACUUGGGCAACUUAAGUGUGAUCCCAUUGGACCUGAGCAGUUUGAAGUCGGUUAGGGAUAUUGCGUUGCAAUUGAACGAAGAGGAGAAAAAGAUUGAUUUGCUUAUCAACAAUGCGGGAGUUAUGAUGUGUCCUUUGGAGCGUACAGCGGACGGCUUCGAAAUGCAAAUUGGGACUAACCAUUUUGGCCAUUUCCUAUUGACCAUGCUGUUGCUACCGAAAAUAAUAAAAUCGGCGCCAGCUAGGAUAGUCAAUGUUUCCUCUUUAGCACACAUGAAUGGCAAACUGGACCUUGAUGAUAUAAAUUGGGAAAAGCGCAGUUACAGCGCGAUAGGCGCCUAUGGACAAAGCAAAUUGUGUAACAUACUCUUCACCAGACAGCUAGCUCUGAAAUUAAAAGAAUCCGGGAUUACUGGUGUUACUGUUUACAGUUUGCAUCCAGGCGUAAUCAACACGGAAUUGACUAGACAUUUGGAUUCUACUUAUUUCCAAGGGUUGACUCGCAUGUUCAAAGCUGUUGGAGGAUGGUUCAUGAAGACCCCUGAACAAGGUGCACAGACAACCAUACAUUGUGCAGUUAGCGAGGAGGCAGGAAAAGAAACUGGUUUGUAUUACGCUGAAUGUAAACCCACUUCUAGUACUUCAGCUGCAGAAAAUAUGGAAGAUGCGAAAAAGCUGUGGAUUGAAAGUUUAAAGAUUGUCAAUCUUCCUGAAAACUUUGAUCCUUUUACUAUAUAAUCAAUGUAAUUAUUAUCUGUUUAAAAACAGUCUCAAGUAGAUUGUUUUUAUUUACAAAACCACUGACAAAACCAAUUAUUUUUAUCUAUGCAUUGCUUUAAGGUAUUAUGUCUGCUGUAUGAUAAUAAAUUUAGCUAUUGAAUUA